GAAAGCUUGUAGUGGAAAGUAAGCAAGCAGCAGAGAGAGAGAGAGAGAAAGAGAGAGAGAAAGAGAGAGAGAGAAUUGGAAGAAGCCAUGCGAAGGGUGAGGCAGCCCAGCGACGAUGUUUGAUGAACUGAACCACUGACUGCCAGAAAGCCUUUCUUUCACUUUGACUAAGCCCCAGAGAGACCAAGGAAUCAGAUAGGACAGCACUGAAGGGGGACAUCAACCAUCUUUCCAGCUGACGGGCAAAAAGCAGCCCAGGACGUUGUGAGCAAAAGAAAGAAAGAAUUAGAGACACAGAGAAAGAGGGGAACUCUACAGGUGAGAGUUAAAGCAGAGAGGCAGAAGGAAAUGCUCAGAGGGACCAGAUAGUGAAGAGAAAAGUAAAAUAAGUAACAGCAUUGCUACAGGUGUGUCCUCAAAGACUGCUCAAAGAAAAGGCGACACACCAGUGUCACCCGAACAACAACGGUUGCAAGUGAACCAGGCAGUGAAAGAGCGAGAGCAGACAGAAGCACAGGCACAGAGCUAGAUAAGGAUGGCCAACUCAGGUCUCCAGUUGUUGGGUUAUUUCCUAGCGUUGGGCGGCUGGAUCGGCAUCAUCUCCACCACCGCCUUGCCCCAGUGGAAGCAGUCGUCGUACGCCGGCGAUGCCAUCAUCACGGCCGUGGGUCUGUACGAGGGGCUGUGGAUGAGCUGUGCCUCGCAGAGUACAGGACAGGUGCAGUGCAAGAUCUUUGACUCCAUGCUCUCGCUGGACAUCCACAUCCAGACAUGUCGGGCACUAAUGGUAGUGUCAGUACUGCUGGGUUUCAUUGGCAUCAUCGUCAGCGUGGUGGGCAUGAAGUGCACUAAGGUGGGAGAUAACAACCCAUCCACCAAAACCCGCAUCGCUGUGACCGGAGGAGCUCUCUUCCUGCUCGCAGGUCUAUGUACACUGGUGUCUGUUUCCUGGUAUGCCACUCAGGUGUCUUAUCAGUUCUUCAACCCAAAUACACCGCCCAAUGCCAGGUAUGAGUUCGGCUCGGCUCUGUUUGUGGGCUGGGCGGCGGCCAGUCUGACGGUCCUGGGCGGCUCCUUGCUGUGCUGUUCCUGCUCUAAAGACGACAUGCGAGGGCAGCAGUAUUACCGCCAAUCACAGCCUUCCACAGCCAGGGAGGCAGAGUUGUUGAGUGAAACUAGUUUCCCUGACUGAUCAGCCCCUGCCUUUUUAUCGAGGACUGUCCGACUGUCCAACCACUGUCUUCCCCCUUUUUCCCCUGUUACCUCUUAGAACCCAAGUUAGGACCUCUUGUAGAAUACUGCCUUUCCUCAGUACUACAUCUGCGCCUUAUAAGUUUUAAUGGGUACCAAGAUGCAUUAUCUUCUCCCAUUUUACCCUACCCUCAGAGCCUUUACUGUAAAUAUGGACUUAAAAGGACAUGUGAUCAGACCUUCUAUUUAAGAAAUGGGGCAGCCUCCUCCAUUUAAGCCGUACUCCACCUCCCACACCCACCUCUGUCCCAUUAUUGGCUGAAAGUUAACAAUGAUUGAAACCCCUUGUGGUUUUGUUGCGCUGAUUCAUUAUUUCACUUAUAUCCUAUGACCUCUGGGUUUUUUUGUAAAUGUGUCUUUUGGGUUUAUUUUGUUUGCUUUGACUGUACUUUGACUGAAACGUGUCUUUUUUUCCCUUUUGAAUUGCAGACCAAAUGUUAAAAGUACCCCACCAGAGAAAAGGGAGCAGUACUUGUAGUUUGGGAGAGUCUUCUGGCAUUACCAUGGUUUAGAUUCUGUCAGCAGACAGAAUCCUCUCACUGAGGAAUUCAAAACAGACAAACACCAUUAAAGAAAGAAUUUAUGAACAACAACCUUUCAAGCAUAUUGCAGCAACAUAAAUUAGAGUCUUUGUUUAAGUAAAAGUAAUUGUUGGGGGGUUAUGAAAUAGUUGUUUCAGGGGGAUUGAGAAAGAUGACAUCUUUGUCUUGUCUGUUUUGUUGACUUCGGGAGAGACAGUCAUUCAGGGUAUGUUUUCUGUAACAUGUUAAAAUGCCCAGGUGUAUAUACCACCUCCUCUAUUCUCUCUCUCUCUAUUUUUUUUUUUUUACUACAUGUAUAAUGUUAUAUUACAGUGCCUUAUAACACAUGUUUGUGCACAUGUAUGUUUUUGACUUCAUGAAUUCUUUAUAGUCUCCUAUCCCAUCUGAUGGAUGUGUCCAUAGUUCCUCUGCCAGCAGUUCUGUAUGCCUUUAUUUUUUAUUGUUGUUGGAUUUCUGAAAAUGAAUGUGAAGCUACUCUGCAGUACCACUUAUGAAACAAAAAAGACAUACCUACUAUAGGUCUUCAGCAUAGUGCCUUAUUAUCCAAGUAGCCUGGAUUGAGGAUAUACCCAGUACAUUCAUUUUGUUGUGCCAAUAUGAUUUUGUGUGAGUGACAGAGUCAUUAUUUUAUUGACUCUAAAGGAUGUACUGUACUGUGUGCUGUCUCCUGUACUAAGGAACGCCAGUUUGCUGAGUGUUCAAAUGCCCUUCUGAUGCCUGCAUUUAUUUACCAUGCCAUUCCUUUCUCUAAUAUUUACCUCCUCGAUGUUGUGUAUCAUCUCAUUUACAGUAUACCCCUGUCUGUUCCUUUUAGAAUAAAGUAAACAGAGACAUGGA